UUCACUUUCAGGUUCUUGUUGUUGACCCUGCUGGUUCAGAGACUCUGACAGAGGACUAGUUAAUGACUCACUACCUUAAAGUGAUCAGCUGAUGUUUGAUGGCCGCUCUGUUUCCUCUGUGAGCUCGUGUGUUUGUCUCUCUUUCACACCUCGCUGUGACGGCGUACAGGAGCUUAAACACAGGCAGGUCCUAGCAGGUUUAUCCAAUCACUAUCAGCAGGCUUUGGUGUCACAUAAAAAAGAGUUUGCAGAACUUAAUCAGGCUCUAGAUACAAAUUCAAAUCACCAACUCAAAGACCUGUUCAUCUCAGAUCACAAGAAAAUCAGUUCCCUCUUAAGCUUCAUCCUGCUGGAGUAAAUGAAGCCUCAGUGUAACUUACAAUAACAGUGAAACUGAGACUCACCAGAAUCAGGUGAAUGGGCCGUCCUCUGGGGGAUGUGUUAAACCAAUGAAUGAUGGAGUUUUGUGUGACUUUAUAAACAACAUUAACUUCAGAGGUCGACAUCGAAGUGAAGCCUCUGAUAUCAGAGACUAAACACAUGAAGCAGACCGGGCUGCAGGGUCUUAGUAAUCACUGACACGUGUGUCUUUAAGAGAGUGAACCCGAGGAAGAGGAGGGUUGAGCAGAGAGCACAGCGUGUCUGCGUGGCAGGGGGAGUGGGCGGGGGAAGAGUUGUUUCUGAAUGUACAUGAGGGAGAAGAGCACGGGGGUAAUGUCUUUAUCUUGUGUUAUCUCUCCUCUUUGUCUUUUAUUCUUUCUUGAAGGUUUUAGUUUUUGCACUCUUUGUUGAGUUUCUGUGGACGAUCAUCUUUAAUCUUCUGUUCCUUCAGCUCGUCGUGUCUGAGGAGAUCUGCAGACCUGAACUCCAUGAACUUGUGAUGUUGUCUGAAUCCUCAAACUCAGUCUGUGUUUCUGCUCCCUCAUCCCGGGUGAAGUUAAACUCACUGAGCAUGUCCACCAUGUGUUCUGUAAUCAUCUGUACUCAUCAGAUCCGGAGUCUUCAGACGGUUUAGAAACAGUUACUGUUGAAUGGUUGAAUCAGUGAUGAGAGGCAGGACAUGAGGCAGACAUCAGGGCUGCAGAACAUGAUGUUAUCCCACACAACAUCAAACACUGAUACUGAACAGCAUCAAGCAUCAGUGUUUAAUAAAACAGGAUCAUUCAGGUUGUGUGGACUCUGGCGCCCUCUGUAGACACAUUAUGUGCUGAGUGGUCCUAAUUCAAGCUCUGGUCUAACUCUGUCUCUGUUUCAGGUCGAUCUGAUCCAGUUUCCUUUAAAGAACCGGACUAAAGAAAGAUGGAUUAUCUAACCCUGGACAGAAAGUAAACUUUGUGAACAACGAGGUCCAGAUAUCUGUCAUCCAGACUGGAUCUGAACCCGUUCCUGUAACCCUGUCAUCAGAGUGCAGGAUGUAAUCUCAUUGGUCAAUCCUGUCUAACGUCAAACUUCCGUUGUGUAGGUUGAAAGGGGAAGACUUGAGAUUUGUCAGAAACUAACAGUUGAGAAGAAGCUUUGUCUGAAAGUAGCUGUGACUCCCUCUGAACAGAAAGUGAGCCGCCCUGAUGGCGAAGGUGAAAGAGGAGCUUUGGAAAAUUCUGCAGGACUUAAAAGAAGAAGAGUUUCAGACCUUCAAGUGGUUCCUUAAACUGGAUGACAACGUGGAGGGCUUCUCUGGGAUCCCCGUGGCUCAGCUGGAGAAAGCAGAGAGGCAGCAUGCGGUGGAUCUACUGGUGCAGAAGUAUCAGGGUGCUGGAGCUGUGAGGGUAACCAUGGAGGUUUUAGAAAAGAUCAGCAGGAAUGAUCUGGUGCAGCGUUUGAAAAACUGCAGCCGUGAAAAAAAAGACCCAAACCACCGUCACUCUGAUGCUCUGAAAGGAGAUUUUGAAAAAAGGAAAGCUGAACUGGGGGCCAGACUCCAGCUGCUGAUCCAGGAGAGACAGAUGAAGAUCAGGGAACUGAAGUGCUCAGCAGAGCUCAGUGGUAAAUCUGCAGACAGACACAUUGCAGACAGCGAGCGAGCCUUUUCUGUGCUGCUGCAGACUUUAAAGGAAAGUCUGGAGAAUCUCAACAAGUCCAUUAACGACAAGAGGAGAACGGUACAGACACAGACCGACCAGUUCAUCCGAGAGCUGGAGCAAGAGAUCUCUGAGCUCACCAAGAAGAGCUCUGAGGUGCAGCAGCUCUCACACACCGAAGAUCAGCUCAACCUCAUCCAAAACUUAACUGUUCCUCCCACUAAGACCUGGACAGAAGUCCACAUUAGUCCACCUUCAUACGGAGGAAGUCUGGGGACUGCUAUCGCUGGGCUUGAGGAAAAACUGAGAGAACAUAAGGAGAGGUUCAUUGCUCAGGGAAAGCUGAACAGGGUCCAGCAGUUUGUGAAGGAUGUGACGCUGGAUCCUGAUACGGCACACCCCUCCCUCGUUCUGUCCCAGGACGGGAAGCAGGUUCACUGCGGGGCCGUCAAACGAAACCUGGCCGACAACUCGAAGAGAUUUCUGUCUGCCAGCAACGUCUUAGGGAAGCAGGGUUUCUCCUCAGGGCGCUUUUAUUUCCAGGUUCAGGUCAAAGGGAAGACCUCCUGGGAUUUAGGUGUCGUCAAAGAGUCCAUCGACAGGAAAGGACCGAUUACAGCAAGUCCUGAGAACGGCUACUGGACCAUAUGUUUGAGGAACGGACUAAACUACCAAGCGUCUGGAGUCUCAGCUCGUCUCAGCGUGAAAUCCAACCCUCAGACGGUCGGCGUGUUUGUGGAUUAUGGGAAGUGCUCGGUCUCCUUUUUUGAUGUGGAUUCAGCAGACAUCCUCCACAGCUUCACUCAGUGCUCCUUCACUGAGGAACUCUACCCUUUCUUCAGUCCGGGUCCAUAUCGUAGUGGAACAAACUCCAUCCCUCUCCUCAUCUGUCCUGUCCUUUACACUCAUUCGUGUUCGAUCACUCUAACCAGAGCUUCAAUAAGAACAAGUCAAGAAGCCGGGUGUUUCAGAAACCCACCACAACUCAUUAUGGCAGGACUUAAAAAGGAGCUCUGGAGAACUCUGCAUGAUCUAACAGAAACGGAGUUUGAUCAAUUCAAAUGGUUCCUGAAAGAAGACAACAGUGUGGAGGGAUUUUCAGGCAUCCGAGUGGCACAGCUCGAAAAGGCGACCAGGCAGAACACCGUGGAUCUCAUGGUACAGAAGUAUCCGGGUCCUGGAGCUCUGAAGGUAACCUCAGAGAUUUUGAAAGACAUCAGCAGGAAUGAUCUGGUGCAGCGUUUGCAAAACUUUAGCUUGGAACAAAGAGAGCUCAAGACAAAAACUCAACGUUCUGAGCAGCAGAAUCCUAAAAGAACUAAGUCCCUGACCUGGGUCCAACGGUUUGCUGUGGAGGUGACCUUUGACCCUGAUACAGCACAACCCAGUCUGAUCUUGUCACGUGAUGGGAAACAAGUCCAUCAUGGGGAUGUGAGGAAGAAACUACCAGACAACCCUGAGAGGUUUGACAGAUGUGUUAAUGUCUUAGGGAAGCAGAGCUUCUCUUCAGGGAGAUCUUACUUUGAGGUCCAGGUUGAAGGAAAGACAGCCUGGACUGUAGGAGUCUCCAAAGAGUCGAUCAAGAGGAAGGGAUCUAUCACACUGGGACCUGGAGAUGGUUUCUGGACAUUUGGUUUAAGGAAUGAAACAGAGUACCUGGCUCAUGAAAGCCAUGUAGAAAACCUGCCUUUGAAGUCGCAUCCUAAAAAGGUUGGGGUGUUCCUGGACUAUGAAGAGGGUCUGGUCUCUUUUUAUGACGUGGAUUCUGCAGAUCAUCUCUACUCCUUCACUGGCUGCUCCUUCACAGAGAGACUCUACCCCUUCUUCAGUCCCUGCACCAAUGAAGGAGGUGUAAAUUCUGCCCCCCUCAUUAUCACUCCUCUCAAUCACUCCCUCAAAAAAGUCUGUGCUGAUGAUGAAGACAGGGACCACAAGAAGAAGGCUGAGCUCAAGAGCGUCCAGCAGUUUGCUGUGGAGGUGACCUUUGACCCUGAUACAGCACAUCCUGCUCUGACUCUGUCUGAUGAUAAAAAACAAGCAUAUUGUGGGAAAGUAUGCUGGAAUCUCCCAGACAACCCUGAGAGGUUUAGGAUAUAUGUUAAUGUCUUAGGGAAGCAGAGCUUCUCUUCAGGGAGAUCUUACUUUGAGGUCCAGGUGAAAGGAAAGACAGCCUGGGCUGUAGGAGUCGCCAAAGAGUCGAUUGACAGGAAGGGAGAUAUCAUUGCAAAACCUAAAUAUGGCUACUGGACAAUAAUGUUGACAAAUGGAGAUGAGUAUGAAGUAAAUGAUGAUGAUCCAGUCAGUCUCUCUGUAAGUCAUCGUCCCCAGAAGGUUGGAGUCUUCGUGGACUACGAGGAGGGUUUGGUCUCCUUCUAUGAUGUUGAUGUUUCAGUUCACCUCUGCUCCUUUACCGACUGCUCCUUCACAGAGAGACUCUACCCCUUCUUUACGCCCUUUAUGAAUCAGAAUGGUUUGAAUGCUGCACCUCUGAUCAUCUGCCAGAUGAAUCAUCCAUCAAACCCUGCAGCACCUGUCUACCCUGAUCAGAAGAUGGAACAGGACAAAAAGAAAGCUGAGCUCAAGAGCGUCCAACGGUUUGCUGUGGAGGUGACCUUUGACCCUGAUACAGCACAUCCUGCUCUGACUCUGUCUGAUGAUAAAAAACAAGCAUAUUGUGGGGAAGUAUGCAGGAAUCUCCCUGACAACCCUGAGAGGUUUAGGAUAUAUGUUAAUGUCUUAGGGAAGCAGAGCUUCUCUUCAGGGAGAUCUUACUUUGAGGUCCAGGUAAAAGGAAAGACAGCCUGGGCUGUAGGAGUCGCCAAAGAGUCGAUUGACAGGAAGGGAAAGACCAAACUUGGUCCUGGAUAUGGAUACUGGACCAUAUGGCUGAGGAAUGGAGAUGAGUACACUGCCAAUGAUGUCCCGUCAGCACAUCUUGCUCUGAAGUCUCAUCCUCAGAAGGUCGGGGUGUUUGUGAAUUAUGAGGAGGGGCUUGUUUGCUUCUAUGAUGUUGACACAGCAGAUCUUCUCUACAUCUUUACCGACUGCUCCUUCACAGAGAGACUCUAUCCCUUCUUUACGCCCUUUAUGAAUCAGAAUGGUUUGAAUGCUGCACCUCUGAUCAUCUGCCAGAUGAAUCAUCCAUCAAAUCCUGCAGCCCCUGUCUACCCUGAUCAGAAGAUGGAACAGGACAAAAAGAAAGCUGAGCUCAAGAGCGUCCAACGGUUUGCUGUGGAGAUGACCUUUGACCCUGAUACAGCUCAUCCUGCUCUGACUCUGUCUGAUGAUUGCAAACAAGUGCAUCACGGUGAUGAAUGGAAGAAACUUCCUGACAACCCUGAGAGGUUCAGGAGAUGUGGAAAUGUCUUAGGGAAGCAGAGCUUCUCUUCAGGGAGAUCUUACUUUGAGGUCCAGGUGAAAGGAAAGACAGCCUGGACUGUAGGAGUCGCCAAAGAGUCGAUUGACAGGAAGGGAAAGACCAAACUUGGUCCUGGAUAUGGAUACUGGACCAUAUGGCUGAGGAAUGGAGAUGAGUACACUGCCAUUGAUGUCCCGUCAGCACGUCUUGCUCUGAAGUCUCAUCCUCAGAAGGUCGGGGUGUUUGUGAAUUAUGAGGAGGGGCUUGUUUGCUUCUAUGAUGUUGACACAGCAGAUCUUCUCUACAUCUUUACCGACUGCUCCUUCACAGAGAGACUCUAUCCCUUCUUCAGUCCCAGCUGUCACGACAAUGGAAUAAACUCGGCCCCCCUGAUCAUAUGUCCUGUUGAUAAGGACUGACCAUGCUUGCAGGUCUUUAUGGUCCCUGUAGAUAACUAAGCGUUUGCUUAUUGUUGGCUCAAUCAUGACGUCAGCUUACAGUCUGUUUAUUACUUUAGAGGGAUAUAAAUGUCUGAAUGAUCUAACAUUGAAGCUCUGCUGGGUUUUUAUCCACCUGCACAGCUGUUUCUGAUGAGUCUGUUUUUUAAGAUAAGGUACUUUUAUUGAUUUCACAUUGGGGGAAGUUCUUACAGCAGCUUACAACAAUUGACAGGAAUCAAAAAAGCACUUAAACUUCUCAUUACCAAGUUAAAGCACACAAGCAGAGGGAGCUGGUCAGCUUCAUAAAUGAAAGGAGACCACACAGUAAAAUCCCCUGCAAUGCUUCAAGAUAUUUUUUGCUGAAAGACACAAAAAGAAUGCAUGCCAGGAAACUGGGGUUAAGAAACGAAGCAUAGAGCAUGUCAACACGAGCCUGACGUGUUUAAAGCAGAAGUGAAAGUAACAGGUGAACAGUGUGAACACGCUGACCGUGAGAGCGUGUGUUCAACUUCUGGUGAACUUUGAGGUGUAAAUAUUAAAACUGAAUUAAAGACCUAACCUAAAUCUGAACAUUGAGAAACAUAUUCAUAUUUUUUCUUUUAGAACUAAAACUUGAAUGUGUCUGACCUGCAGCUCAACCUGAUCAAUGAAUGGUUUGAUUGAAUACAGGGACUGAUCAGCAGGGAUGGUUCAGACAUGAAACACUUCUGAUUGAAGUCCUGUUCAGAAACAGAAUUCACACUUUGUGUGUUUUAUAUUUUACUAAAGCUGGAAAUCUUUUGUGAUGAAUAAGAUUUUUGAAAUAUGAGUU